GUACUCAGGAUUCUUUAUGUUUCCUUGUAUAGGUACCAUGCAACCACAGGGUGGAAAAUGUUCAACAAAACUUUCACAUCUGAAUUUCUGCUCCUAGAUUUCUCAGAGGUUCGGGAGCUGCAAAUGCUCGAAUUUACUGUGUUCCUGGUCUUAUAUUUGGGAAUUGUGGCUGGGAACCUUGUCGUCAUUUCUGCAGUAGCUCUUGACCAUCGCCUGCACACUCCUAUGUACUUCUUUCUGAUGAAUUUGGCCAUGCAGGACAUUGGUACUAUUUCUGUCAUUAUCCCUAAAUCCAUGGCUAAUUCCCUCAUGAACACCAGGCACAUUUCUUACUCGGGAUGUGUUGCUCAAGUCCUCUUCUUUUUGUUCUUUAUAGCAUCUGAUUUCUUCCUUCUUACCGUCAUGGCAUAUGAUCGCUAUAUUGCCAUUUGCAAUCCCUUGCAAUAUGAAAUGGUGAUGAACAAGCAGGCCUGCAUCCAAAUGGUUGCUAGUGUGUGGUUUGUGGGUCUUCUCUAUGGAGUGUUACAUACUAGUGGCACAUUUGCAAUCCCUUUCUGUUCCAAUGUUGUCAACCAGUUCUUCUGUGAAAUCCCACAAUUACUUAAGCUUGCGUGUUCUGACGAAUACCUAAUUGAAAUUGGAGUUGUUGUGUUAAGCAUUCUAAUUGGUUUAGGUUGCUUUAUCUUCAUCAUUGUGACUUACAUACACAUUUUCACUGCUGUGCUGAGAAUCCCUUCUACGCAGGGAAGGCAAAAGGCCUUCUCUACCUGCCUUCCCCAUCUCAUCGUCUUCACCACAUUUUUAAUUACUGUAAGCUUUGCUUACCUUAGACCCACCUCUAACACCCCAUCAUAUCUCGAUUUGGCCAUUACUCUGAUAUAUUGCAUACUUCAACCCAUGCUGAAUCCAGUGAUCUACAGCAUGAGAAACAAGGAGAUCAAAAAUGCUAUAUCAAAAAUGCUCCUGAAUUUUCAGCAUUUUUCUUUGAAUACAGUAUCUGGUUUUCAUUGGUAA